UCUUUAGUGGCAGAGGAGGGACGUCACCCAGAAUCAUGUUUGUCUAAGGGCCUUUCAGUAGGUGCAUUGUGGAUGACAGGACCUAUAUAUCAAAAAAGUACCCAAUGAUACACUCCAACACUUUUAUAUUGUUGCCUACAUUUUAAAUUUACCACUAUGCUGUUUGGGAGCCCAUAUUCUCAAAAAAAAAAAAAAAACUCAAAUCUGUAUGCACAGAUUCUGUCCUAUUUUUCAUUUACAUAUAUACAGACCACAAAAAUGUUACACACACACAUUUAAAUGACAUACACCAAUCAGGCUUAACAUUAUGAGCACUGACAGGUGAAGUGAAUAACACUGAUUAUCUCUUCAUCACGGCACCUGUUAGUGAGGGAUAUAUUAGGCAGCAAGUGAACAUUUUGUCCUCAAAGUUGAUGUGUUAGAAGCAGGACAAAUGGGCAAGUGUAAGGAUUUGAGUGAGUUUGACAAUGGCCAAAUUGUGAUGGCUAGACGACUGGGUCAGAGCAUCUCCAAAACUGCAGCUCUUGUGGGGUGUUCCCGGUCUGCAGUGGUCAGUAUCUAUCAAAAGUGCUCCAAGGAAGGAAUAGUGGUGAACCGGCGACAGGGUCAUGGACAGCCAAGGCUCAUUGAUGCACAUGGGGAGCGAAGGCUGGCCCGUGUGGUCCGAUCCAACAGACGAGCUUCUGUACUCUCAGAUUACUCAAUAAGUUAAUGCUGGUUCUGAUAGAAAGGUGUCAGAAUACACAGUUUGUUGUGUAUGGGGCUGCAUAGCCGCAGACCAGUCAGGGUGCCCAUGCUGACCCCUGUCCAUCACCGAAAGCACCAACAGUGGGCAUCAGACCUGGACCACGGAGCAAUGGAAGAAGGUGGCCUGGUCUGAUGAAUCACGUUUUCUUUUACAUCACGUGGAUGGCCAGGUGCGUGUGCGUCGCUUACCUGGGGAACACAUGGCACCAGGAUGCACUAUGGGAAGCAUUGUUGCAGACCAUGUACACCCUUUCAUGGAAACGGUAUUCCCUGGUGGCUGUGGCCUCUUUCAGCAGGAUAAUGUGUCCUGCCACAAACCAAAAAUGGUUCAGGAAUGGUUUGAGAAGCACAACAACGAGUUUGAGGUGUUGACUUGGCCUCCAAAUUCCCCAGAUCUCAGUCCAAUCGAGCAUCUGUGGAAUGUGCUGAACAAACAAGUUCGAUCCACCUCGCAACUUACAGGACUUAAAUGAUCUGCUGCUAACAUCUUGGUGCCAGAUACCACAGCACACCUUCAGGGAUCUAGUGAAGUCCAUGCCUUGACGGGUCAGGGCUGUUUUGGCAGCAAAAGUGGGACCAACACAAUAUUAGGAAGGUGGUCAUAAUGUUAUGCCUGAUCGGUGUAUGUGUUCAUGUUGUAUAGUGAAGUACAGCUUGUCUGGAAAUAAACAGGUUAAACUAUAAUUUAUGCGUAACUUAUCAUAAAAAAUACAUUUGAAAAAACAAGCAAAAUAGAAAUAUAUUCGGUAACACUUUACAAUAAGGUUCAUUAGUUAAGCAUUAGUUAAUGUAUUAAGAUGAACUAACCAUGAGCAAUACAUUUGUUACUGUAUUUACUAAUCUUCGUUAACGUUAGUUAAUGAAAAUACAGUUGUUCAUUGUUUGUUCAUGUUAGUUCACAGUGCAUUAACUAAUGUUAACAAGAUUUUAAUAAUGUAUUAGUAAAUGUUAAAAUUAACAUUAACAAGAUUAUUAAAUGCUGUAGAAGUGCAGUUCAUUAUUAGUUCACGUUAACUAAUGAACCUUAUUGUAAAGUGUUACCAUAUAUUCACUAUGUAUGUUCUUGGCCUUCAUUUGAUUAGCAUUACUAUUCUGAUAUCAUUACCUGAAUUCUUUGUGAUUAUAUUUAUUGCCUACUAAAUAUUCAUAUUCUUUUAUUUACCCUUUUUAACAGACUUGACAAUUAGCAAACUGUUCUCCCAGAGUAAUACAUUUUUUUUUUUCUCUUUCUCUUUCAGAUGUUGUAUUUAAUAUGCAAUGGUAAAUAAUCUUGAUUGUCUUCAUAAACCAAAAACUUUUUCCUACCUACAGCAAUGCUUCAGGAGAUGGAAGUCAUUAGAGGAAGAUAUUUCAGCUAUGAAUGUGGCUCAGCCCUUGAUGGUCUUGUUUAGAUACUAAACUACAACCUACACUGGCUGGGAUACACUAGAGAAGAAGCUUCAAAUAAAAUCCAAUGUCCAGCUGACCACUAUAUAUUUCACUUCAGAGAUGCAAAUUGCAGAAUUGCUCGGAGUGCACUUUGACAUGCAUCUCCUGGGAAAACUGACUCUGUCUGUGGCCACCAUGCUAUUUGUUUCCUUGGUUUUUAGAUUCUACAACUCCAGGACACGAAACAGACAGCAGGGAAGUGAAAGAAGAUACAGCGCAUGCAAUACUGAGCAAGAACCACAGAGUGAAUCUGCAAAGGAGGUGUCUGACAGGGAAAAUCAUUUUCAACCAUCUUCAGAGAAAACCUUGCAAGAAAGCCUUAAAAAUGUUGCCUUGGAAAGGGCCCGGCCUGAAACCAUGGACUUGGACAGUUGUUCAAAGGAGGAACCUGCAGGUAAAAUCAACACAAUUGAGGAUAUAAUUGAGGCAAAGAAUGUCAAACCGAGGUUAACCUUACAACUUCCUGAUGGAAGCGAAAAAGGUCCAGGAAGUCUAAGUGGUCGGCGAUCCCCGUGCCUGGUCAAGACGCUGGAAGCUGGUACAGGUGUUGGCAGGGAGUUGAGGCAGGAUGUUGGUCACCAGGGCAUGUUUUCGAGUUUUCAGUCAAAAGCAGAAAUUAAAGUAGAGAAUGCUGACGUUAUCUUGGAUGGGCAUGGGAAUCGUAGAUCAGGCGUCCAUGGAAAGAUCUACGAGUACUACAUAGAGUCCUCUUCCCAUUUCAUCUCAGAUUUAAGCCCCACCCAGUCUGUCAGUCCAGUCUAUGGUCAAAAUGAAAGUAGCACUUUGUUUAAAUCAAAAUCAUUGGACUUCCUCAAUUUCAAGGACCGUUCCCGAUCACCAAGUCCACGACCUUCUAGAUUCAUAAUGAGAGAUCUUGAAAUUACUCCACGUUUUACUAACGAGGCUCCCUCGACUUUCAAACCGGAAACUGUGAGGUACAGAAGGCAAGUAGUCAUCCGCCAGGACAGCUAUCUUACUGCAGCCAUUGACUCAGAGCUUCCAAUCCCCUUGCCCACAAAGAGGACUUUAACACCUCGCAGCUGUUCUCCAGCACAACCCAGUGACAUCCCUUCAAGCCUGUUAGACUCUGAUAUAGCUAACCUGGAAGCGCCAGAGGAACCACAAGUCGAAACUGUCGCCGGAGCAAAAUUCUUACACUUUCCAGAGAACGUGGGGAAUGCAGAACUCGAGAGUCUAGCAGGGAAGCUCGAUUUAGGCAACUGCUUGGAGGCUUUAACACUUGCUAAAAAACACGGUCACACUGCCCUUCAGCAAGCUGCUCUCCGUGUCAUGUCUGAUAAUUACCUCCAGGUCCUCAGAGACCCAGGCCUCUUUGGCAAGCUGAAAGCAGGGGAGCGUGAUCACAUCCAAACACAACGCAUGAGAGGAAGGAAGUGGUUAGUGGUUGCAGAUAUGGAGUCCCCGGACUGGAGUAAAUGUCUGUCACAGUCUACAGAUUUAGAGUCUGAAUCAGUUAAGACAUCCAACAGAAUGUAUUACUACGAUGAUUAUAAGGACACAUGGCACCUUCAUUCCCACAUUCCCCAGGAGGUGUUAUCUAAAGGUUGUGCCAUGUGCACCAUGGAUAAUUAUCUGUUUAUCGCUGUGGGUUUCCAAGGCCUGGACCGUGAAGCGACCCCUUCAAAGAAGGUGUACUGUUACAAUCCAAUGACUUCAAUUUGGAGUGAAAUAAGCCCCAUGAAUGAGGCAAGGCCUCACUGCAAACUCGUGUCUCUGCAGGGCCAUCUUUAUGCCAUUGGAGGGGAAUGCCUAUCAACAGUUGAGCGCUACGACCCCAGGACAAACCGAUGGACCUUUGUGGCACCCCUUCCUAACGAUACGUUUGCCGUAGCUCACCGGGCCACGGCUUGCAAUGGUGAACUGUUUGUUGCAGGCGGCACAUUGAGGUACACCCUCUUGCGCUACAAUCCCAAGACCAACACGUGGCGAGAGACCAUGAUUGUGGGCAGUAAGGACAAGACCACUGAAAUUGUGGCUGUGAGAAACUUCUUGUACCGUUUUGACGUCAAUCCCUUGGGCAUUAGCGUGUAUCGCUUCCACGCAGUGGCCCGGCUUUGGUACGAAUGCUCCUCGAUCCGUCUCCCCCAUUGCACUGCUUUUCAAUGUGUGACUAUGGACAACAUUAUCUACUGCGUGAGCCGUCAGUUUACCUUGAGGUUUCUUGCAGACGAGGUAUCUCCAAGCUUUGUUGCACAUGAUUUGAAAGUGCUAUCUCCGGCUAAAGGAAUUUUGUUUCCGUUCAUCCUUGUGCUGCCUGAGAGGGCCACUCAACAAACUUGUGUUUAAACAGGGUCAGACCUUUCGAGUAAGAGGUUGUCUGGUAAGAACAAACACUCAGGAUCAUAUAAUGCACGUUAGAGGAAUGUACUUUUCCUUAAUUAGUUGCAAUUUAGAUGAAUUAUUAUUAUCCAAUUAUUGUACAGCUAGAUCACAAUUACACAGCACUUGCAGAUAAAUAAAUCUGUGAAGGCUAUUUAUUUGUUUGGGCCUGAUGUCUAAAUCAACCUUUAAAUCCUGAAAAUGUCUUGUGCAAGUGCUUAAAAUGUUUCAGUAAAUAUAUCGCUUUUGAAACACUGUGGAUAAUGUUAACCAAUCAAUACUGUGUGUAGAAUAAAUCCGAACUGCAAUUGCGGAGAUGGCAUCAUAAACAACAUGAAUGGCUGCCAUUACUACAAUUUAUGUAAGCUGGCUAAUUAUAUUCAUAGCUUUUGUAUAUUUGCAGUUGUUUCUUUGCAUAUCACAUAUGAUAAAUCUUAUAUGAUACCAGCAUAUUUUUAUAUAAGAUGUAAUGUAAACUAUUGGUUGUAAUAUGUUUUGUUUUACUGCAUUUUCACUUGUAGUCUUGUCACAAGAAUGGGGUUUCUUUUAGGUCAGUGGUUUUAAUCAUCUCUGAUUUGCCCAAGCAUUUUAUGUUAACACUGCAAAUCACAGAAACACACAGAGGAAAAGUUUAUCUUUUUUGUGUUUACCAUUAAACAAUAUAUGGAGAACUAAUGACUUUAUGGGUAAGGAAAGAAGAAUCUAAUGCUUUGCCUCUUCAAGCACAUUUCUGUAUCUUCUGAAGAACUGGGAAUAAAAUUCUUUCAUCUGUUGUAA